UGUGGCAGCUGACUGAAUAUCAAUGUCCAAACCUCAACGCCUGCGCAUGACAAGAGGCGAACAUUAGUGCACUGCGACCAGGGGAGGGUUAGGGGGCAGCAGAGAACCGCGAGGCACCGCCGAGGGCGCUGUUGUGGUUGGAGACUUGUCUUGCCUGAUGGACCCCUGAUGUAGUGGCUGUUGCCUGCGUGCACGCGUACUCGCCGUGAGGAAAGACUGGCCUGGCCAAUAAAUAGUUGUGGAUGCCGCGGUGCUGCGACAUUAAUAACACAACCUCGCGUGCCCUCGCCUGUUGUCUGUGGCGAGGCUCGGACGGUGAUUCCUACUUACGAGUCCCGGCUCUCAGCGGCAAGCAGUAUCAUCAUCAGCAUCAGCAGCAGCAGCAGCCUUGGCGGCUGGCCGAAACGUGGUGGGGUCACAAAGUUCAGUCAACAGUUGGACGCAGUCUGUGAGGUCUCGCUGCCCACAGCCGACACGUCGGUCAGUCCCGCUGGACACAGGGGACGACACUCCUGCUCGCCACUCGGGAAAAAGCCACUGAAGCUAUUUUCGCAGGUAUUCCGCGAGCUUUGCGAGAACUUUUGUCAGCCAAAAAAUUCACCUGAAGCAUCCCAUUGUUUAUUUUUCACAGUUGGUUGAGAGCCACUAGAGGCAGCCACAAUGAGCCGCACUUUUGCAGACAGACUGUUGCACCAGCUGGCACGUGCACCCCGGGUAGCCUGCUACAGCGGGCGCCGCACCAAGGCCAGCAGCACCAGUCGCGUUCAAGGCCGAAGCCACUCUCGACGACCUUGACUUCCUGCCAUCCCGAGAGGCCUUCCUGCCUCGACGACCCUCUGCCAGUGCCAAGGUCGAGGUCGGGAUCAGACGCCCGACCGCCACUGCCGCGCAAGGUCGCUGCCCCAUGCACCUCCUGUCCACCAUGACCUCGACCCCGGAAGUGUUCUUUCCGCCUGACGCUGUCCCGGAUGAGGCCACCCACCAAGAAGAAUUGGACAGCAAGCACGCGUCCGAGCGCUUGGCACAAGAAGCAGCUCGACCUUUCAUGGACAUGCCCGCCCCGUUCAGUCUGCCCAUCGUGGGCACCAUGUGGAUGCACUUGCCUGGAGGACCUUUGCAUGGACUGAGUUUCGAGAAGAAGAUGGAGAGACUGCGUGACACGUAUGGACCAAUCAUCAGGGAGCGCGUGCUGCUCAACUUUCAACUGGUGCACGUGUUUCGCCCGGAAGACAUCGAGACUGUGUACCGCUUGGAGGGCGCACGACCACGGAGGGAAGGGUUCCGACUGCUCCAGAAAUACAACAACAAAUACAACGACGGUGUUCAGGGCAUCAUUACUAGUCAAGGAGAAGUCUGGCACAGACUGCGAUCAAAAACCCAGGGAAGAUUGUUGAAACCGAAGUCAGUGGCUGCCUACCUGAAUAUCCACAAUGGGGUAGCUGAUGACCUGGUGGCCAGCAUUGGUCGCCUGCGAAAUACAGAGGGCAUCAUCGAGGACUUUCUGCCUGAGCUGUACAAGUUCGCCAUGGAAGGAAUCGGCUUUGUCUGCUUCAACCGCCGAGUGGGUGCUCUGGACGAGAACAUUCCCGCCGACAGCGACACCUUCCGGUUCAUCGAGGCCGUUAAUGACGUCAUGACUGUUUCUCAUUCGGAAAACAAAUCCUUCUUCGUGUCAGAGUGGUCCUCGGAGUUCAAGAAACUGCGGCGAGCACAAACGUUCAUCAAAGAGAUGUCCACCCGGCAGGCCUUGCAGACACUAGAGAUGAUGUCAACGAAUGAGUUACAACUGGAUGCAGAAGGCGGCGACCUCAUCCGCUACCUCAUGACCAAGACGGACUUGUCUCAGGCCGAGGUCCUCACCGUCAUCAGCGAGUUCUUUUUCGCCGGCGUCGAUACAACGAGCCAUGUGCUUGGCUUCGCUCUCUACGCCUUGGCUCAGAACCCGGAAGUACAAGAAAAACUGAUCGAGGAGAUCGACCGGGUGACAGACGGCUCUGACGUCAUUUCCUCCGACAUGAUUGGCCGCAUGCCCUAUCUCAAGGCCGUUGCGAAGGAAACUUUCAGGGUCACACCGAUCACCCCUGGAAAUGGACGAACGCUGGACAACGAUAUCGUUCUGUCGGGCUACCACGUACCUGCCGGGAUCAUGUUUGGCCUUCAUCACGAUGUCGCCUGCAAGUCGCCGCAGUACGUGUCCGAGCCUGACCGCUUCCUGCCGGAGAGGUGGCUGCGCGGGGGAUCUGGCGAUCUGGGUACAAUCCACCCGUUCGUCCUCAUGCCUUUCGGGUUCGGACCCCGGUCAUGCGUGGGGCGGAGGCUGGCGGAGCAGGAGUACUCUCUGGGCUUGAUUAAGAUUCUGCAAAAAUUUAGAGUCGAGUAUGCACACAACGAACUUCUGAACUACACCAUGUCCAUCAUCAACACUCCCACGACUCCUCUCAAGUUCAGGUUCUUGGAGCGGAAGUGACUUCCAACCCGGAAGCACUCCUUCCACCAUCCCACGCAAGGUCUUCAGACCUGAAAGAUCUGAUGAUGUACCCAGCCUCCCGUCCACACUGACCUCCUGUAAUUGUUUUUCUUGUUUGAUGACGAUGCCUCAUCCACUGCCUGCUUCGUAAAGAGACAAUGUAUACCAGGCUGAACUAUUAUCCAGCGAAAAAAAAAAAAACAAAACGGAAGUGGGCUUUCACAUGGACAGUUCACUUCCGUUUGACCCUUCAAAUGGCAAAAUCUUGUUAUAUUCCUCGUUAAUAACUUCCUGAACAGAUCAAAUACUCCGGUAAGAGUGUGGCUGUGUUUUUGUGUGAAUGUGUUGUAAAGAUAGCAUUUUUACCUCUCAGUAAAGGUGUAGACGAUGUCACCAGGUUGGCAGCCAGGUGUAAAUAUGUCAAGUCUGGGCAAUGUGCGAGUUAUAGGAAAGCAUAUUAGCAUGGCUGCCGUGAGAGAUUCGGUAUUAUUAUUACUCACAAAAUGCCAAAGACGAGUAUAGGAACCUGGGAGAUGGACACGGACAUUUGCAAACCAAAGAUUCUGCUUAAAGAUGUACAUUAACCGUCAGUUACAUACUGUGUAUAUGUAGUUAUUGGGGCUUUAUUCUGAUUUGUAAACUCGCUCUGCUUCGUGCAGGUAAGUCGCACCUUGUGGUAACUGCUGAUUUACAUCUUGUGAUAUUUGUAAAAAUAAUCAAAUGGCUGUUUAUUGUACUGGUUAUUUUUUUUGUCAUAUUUUUCUCCAACUCCUUUAAAUCAUCGUUGACACAUUUCCCGCAGAUUUGUCAAGUCUGUUUAUUUAUCUUGCAAUGAACUUCAAAAUAUUUGCUUUUGUUCUUCCCUUCUCGGGAAAACUACGUGAGAACCUUUUUUUGUUUUUGUUGUAAAAAGUGUAAUAAUGUUUUCUGGCCAUAGCCUAAGCUGUUUACUCAUAGAGUUUUCACGCUGUUCUAUAAUUUCUCAAACUUGUCGAAAUGAUGAUUUUUAAAAAUUGUCGUGGCCUCCUGUCGAAGGUUUGAGGAUUGUAUUGGCAACAGUAGGCAUUCCUUAAAGCACAAUACUUUGAUUGUCGCUAUCUGUGUAGAAAUAUUUAUUGCGAAGUACCAGUGGCUUACUAAGAACUUUCUAGAAGAUCAGAGUUAGCACCUGAUAACCCGAGGGUCACUGCCAGUCAAUAUUCGUACACACCCAGUGUGGAGGGACCGCCUAUAAAACUUGCACAGGAAGGUGAAGAAAAAGAUUGUUGUAAGGGCUUGUUUCCUUCGAUGCUGUUUGACAUUUUACGGUAAUUUUACAACAAUUUCUCUUUUCCUGUCAUGAGGUCUGUAAGUGUAAAAGUCGUUGCAAAUUCCGUUAAACACCCAUGUUUCAACAUAAUGGCGCCGUGCGGAAAAAGCCAAGGAUGCUGGGGAGCGGAAGGGAUCUUUAUUCAAUUUUUCGAAAAGUGAGUUGGCAGAGACCUUGGAUCACAAAUGUUCCUCCCUGUAUAUCCAUCAUGUUUUGUUAUUUUUUGUUUGGUUAUUUUUUCCUACGUCGAUAAGAGUUAAACGCUGACCUUACCUAACAUGCAAAUUUGAUAGUUCAGGUGUCAGGCUCAGAAUAUGAUUGCUGAAACUGUGAUUGACAGAAGAGUGUAGGGAGGACAGUUAUGAUGGUGUGGGAUGUUUGGGAAGAACAAACCACACUUCAUAGGCUGGUUGCAUGGUUUACAGCUACUUAACUGGCUUACACGUAGCAGACAGUUAAAUGUUUCUAAAACAUUAAGCAGCUUCAAUUGACAACAAACAAAAAGCUUAGAGGCUUAGACAAGAGUGGUCCACCAGGCACACUUUGAAUUUGCUCACCCAAUCAGAUAAAAGUUAAGUGUAGGGUAGGUUUAUUCAUGACGCCUGUCAAGAGGAUCUCCCCCGCCCUCCUACUCCACCCCAUCCCGAAUUUUUUUUUGAAGUGCUUGAAACUAGUUUUAUGGAAAUGUGAUAAAAUAGCUUUGAGUGUAUUUAUAUAUAAUGAAUUAGGUAAAUAUGUUGAAGAACUUUAAAUACAGAAAAUAACCCUGUCCAAAAAAAAUCCCCUAAGAUUAUUGCUAAAAGGAUGCACACCAUCCUCCUGGCUUUACUGCGGGGUCAUGUGUUGUGUAUCAUCCAUUGUGGCAGCCUGGAAAAGUGGUAGGAGGACACGUUGGUGUCUGUAAAUGGCAUAAACACCCAGUUAAGCUACUGCAAGCCGAUCUGUGCAAUAAUAUAAUAACUGUCAUUACAGUGAAACCUUUAUCGGGAGAUGCUCACCGCCUUCCUUUACCAGACAAAGGGUUUUCUUGUACCCGGCAUUUACCGUGUGGAUCAGCGCACACCUGAACAUUGACAAGUGGGUGACUGUUAGUGCAGGCCAGUACAAUUGUACUUUGCUAGCUUCAUUAUUGCAGUCUGAUAACCACUGCCAUAUGAAAGCCACCUACGCCCUGCCAGAGAAAAGAUGAAAACCUGCGAGCAGUUGAACUCUGUUCCCCUAGUUGACCCGCAUGAAUGAUUUGGAUCGAGCUGCUCUUGAAAAAGCGCACAGAAAGCGAUUUCAUUCAAAUGGCGGAGUUGUUCCUCCCCCUCCAAACAUUGGUAGCUUACAGGAUAUGUUACCCGAGAAAAGGGAGCAUAGCACUAGGUACCCUGUGUGGACUUGAGUACAGUAUGGAAGGAAAGAAUGGGGUAUAGUAUGACGACUUUAGACAAAGAAGGGAUGUUGUCCUGGGUAGACACAGAUGUCCUGUGACGAGAAACCGUUCACAAUAAAUGUCGUGCAGGUUGUGGUUAUGGAGACUGGUGCAAGCGAAACUCACACCUGAAUCAGUAGUUAUCUCUCGUACAAAGCCUGUCCUGUCCAAGGUUGGUUGUAGGUGUGGACUGUAUGGGUAGGGAGCCGUUGUAGUCGAGUGGUUAGCGAGCUCAAGUGUGCCGCGAGCUUUUUGUCUUGGACACUGAACUGAUUUCGUUUCAGAAUACCUGUUUUUAUAUAUAUAUUAUGUGCUGUACAUUACAACCAUGUAAGUUGUUAUGAAUGCAUCAAUGCUAUGAAUGAUUCAUAUUUUUUAAAAAGCCAAAGUUGGAAAUGACUCCUGGUCACACAAGACUUAUGUGAACAUAAAUGUAAAUUAUGUUAUUGCAUUUGAAAUUUGUAUCUGCCAUUGUAAUGAUUGGCUCUUCGCUUAUUCGCGAAACCACGAUAUGCUCAGAAAUAAAGUGAAAAUUGUAAUAAUG